GACACAGGGGGAAAUCGUGAGACACAGGGGAAAAUCGUGAGACACAGGGGAAAAUCGUGAGACAAGGAGACACAGAGCAAUAGGGAGACACAGGGAGGAGAUAGGUUGAGACAAGGAAAGGGAACAGGCAGACGCAGAGACAAGGAAAUAAGGACACGUGAGGAGAAAGAGACACAAAGUGAUAAACGUGGAUACAAACAUACAGAGGUACGGAGAGUUAGGUUACACAUACAUACACAGAAACACAGAGGCAGACAGACACUGGGAGACAUACAGAGACUCAGGAUACACACAAACAGACCUAAGUAACAACACAGACACACAGACUUAGGGAGAAAGCCACAGGAAGACAAAUACACAUGCAGACAGAGACACACACACACAUACACAGGGAGACAGACACACGGAAAAAAACGUGGAAAGAAAGACACACACAGUUAGACCCAGUAAAGACACCGAGGCACACAUACACAUAUAGAUACACAACAUAGAGACAGGAAGACAGAUAAACGCAUUGCGGCCUCGGAGGAAGGUAACACGCCCAGUUAGACUCAAGUAAAAACGCAGAGGCACACAGGGGCUUAAAAGCAGAGGCAUAAAGACAGCGACGCGCAGAACUUGUAGACAUGGGGCCGCCAAGUCCACCUCCCUGCCAGGAGAUGGAGCGUGAGGCGGAACCUUCCCCUCUGUAUUCCUGCACCCCGGAGAAUCCCCUGGAGGUGGAGGAGGUUAUGCAGCGCUAUGUGUACGACUCCCGGGGCCUGGGCGUCACCUUCAGCAGCCUCUUCCCGCAGCACGGCACGACCAUCGUCAUCCUAGUGCGGCACUUCUUAUGCUACGCAUGUCAGGAAUAUGUUCAAGAUCUUGGUCGAAUUCCAGAAAAUCUUCUCCAGGAGGCAAACGUACGGCUGGUAGUCAUUGGUCAAACUAUGCCACGUCAUAUUAAGCGAUUCCGUGAACUCACGGGUUACAGGUACGAGCUAUUUGUGGACCCAGAUCGAGACAUUUACAAGGCACUUGAACUCAAGAUGGGAGAGGAUGCUGACAAGAUCUAUAAAAGUCCCCAUGUCCACUGCGGGCUGUGGUGGGGGGUGGCUCGAGGUCUGUGGAGAGCCAUGUGGAGCGAAAGUUUUGAUUUCCAGGGGGACCCGAAACAACAGGGAGGUGCCUUAGUGCUCGGGCCAGGAGGCCGCGUGCUCUUCUCUCACCGCGACGAGGCUGUGCUGGAUCACACACCCAUCAACCGCCUCCUCGCGGUCGCCGGAAUCCCCCCCGUGGACUUCACACACAAACACAUGGUCAAACACGUGUGACCCCGACCCCUGACCCCUACAGGAAUCUAAUACCAACCCGAAUACGAACGCUGACCCUACUAGCAUUGACAGUAACACUACAGUGAGGGAAAAAAGUAUUUGAUCCCCUGCUGAUUUUGUACGUGUGCCCACUGACAAAGAAAUGAUCAGUCUAUAAUUUUAAUGGUAGGUUUAUUUGUACAGUGAGAGACAGAAU